AUGUCAGCGUCCGGCAAAGGGCAUGCUCGACAUGAUACGGCAUUGAUACACUCCUUGACCUCGAGUGAGGUGCAGAGCCUGUCCGAAGCCUGCAUUGAAGCAAAGAGAAAAGCGUACUGCCCGUACUCCCACUUUCGAGUCGGCUGCUCAGUACUGCUCAACAAUGGCAGUAUUGUGCAAGGCGCUAACGUGGAGAAUGCUGCCUACCCGGUCGGCACCUGCGCGGAACGAGUGACCAUCGCAACGGCUGUCGUCAGUGGAGCAAAGAAGGGCGACAUCCGUGCAGUGGCCGUUGCGACCGACAUCUCGCCCCCAGCGAGCCCUUGCGGAAUGUGUAGGCAAUUCAUGCGGGAGUUCUGCGAACUCAGCAUGCCUGUGCUGAUGUACGACAAAGACGGCAAAUUGGUGGUCUUGACUCUCGAGCAGUUACUGCCCAUGUCAUUUGGGCCGGAGAAGCUCCUGACAACCGAGGAGUUGCAGAUCGGUCUGUCGCAGUGA